CACUUCAACGAACGACACGACUAUGGCGCCUGCUUCGUUCGAGCCCUCCCUGCCGAAAGCCCCGCUCAAAGGCCUACCCGUAGACGAAGGACGCGACGACCUCGAAGCGAACACGAGCACAUCGAGGAGGCUCCCGAACUGGAAAGCUCGCCGGGGUACCGCCGACUCCGACUCUUCCGCUCCAGAAAAAGAGUCGAACCGUCUUACGGCGUGCAGACACUCGCGGCAGUUCCUAUUUGGGAGAAGUUGCGGUUCGCUUCCGAAGAACCUCUCUACAAUACCAGCCAGGCUCCGUUCGGGUGGCCCCAAUUUUGGUCCUGGCACGCGCCUGUCGAGAGCCUGGCAGCCCAAGAGAGCAGGGAUGAAAGACAUCGGCACCUGUAUCAGGUUCAUCACUGGAUGACCACUUUCCCGAAGUGGGCUUCGUUGCAUCAAAACCAUUUGGGACUUGAAGACGAGGCUGCCAAGCCAACCUCGCAGCAACAAGCGAGUGAGCAAACUCAAGACGCUGUGGCACCAGACUCUUCAGAGCUAUCCGGGGACUUCGGCCCUGCCGUCGGGACUUUAGACGCGCCGCCAUGCUCGAAGUUUAAUGCGGGGUAUUGCCCGUUCACCGGGGACUACCCAAUUGACGUCGUCACCGAAGUGACGAAGUUCCUGCGCUGGCCCCUGGAGAAACUGUUUCGGGACCUGCGACACUCACGAAGUCCACCGCUGGCGGACGAUGGGAGCGGAUCCUUGGCCUGCGACACCGUAACCAGAAUCGUUCGUCCCGGCUGGGCGAAAAACACGCUCGAUCGCUGGCUCCUGGUCAUUAACACACUCUACUACGAGCAGUUGGUAACGGAAAUAUCAUGUAGGUAAUCUUAAAACUUACAUGACAAA